AGAAUAAACUUCUCUCAGAAAUCAUCCCACUGUCUGCUACUCCUUCUCCCCCCGCCUCCCCACUCUAACAGAGUUCGUCUGCUAGAUCGAUCACCGAUCAAAACAAAUGUCUCAAACUUCCAACCCUUUUCGACGAGAGAGGCUAGAGAGUGUCAGGCUGGUGGAAUGCAAGCAGUUGUUCGUGCAUACUCUCUUUUUGGUCUGACAGCCCACCGAUGAGUUAAUUCGGAGUCUAAUGCCGGUCGUCAAGUCAAAUGGAGGGAACCAUGACAAGAAGAGGGCGUUCAGCAUCCAAGGCAAGCCCGUCGCUGAUGGCGUUGGCGCUGGCGGGCGUGCUUUCCUCUCCGUGGCCCCCGCCCUGCCAGUGCUGCACGCCGGCGGCGCCCCCGCGGCCGCGGGCCACGGCCCGCAGGCUGGCCCCCGAGCCCCCCGGCUCGCCAGGCGCUCGCACAGCUCGGUGGGCGCGUCGGGGCAGCCGCUCGGCACUGUCAGCUGCAACGCGGGCGUCGUCGGCGUCCUGAGACCUGGCGAGACGGCGGACGAUGGCGAGCUCCAGUCGAUGCACGACGGCCGGCUGCAGGUGGCGCGCACCGUCAAAGAGAAGGAGAAGAACCCCGACAGGAUCAGCCUGGAUAGGCGCGGUUUGAACGCUGUGCCACUGAUGCCCGGGGAGUCCCGCGUGCGCCUGCUCUCCCUGCAGCACAACAUCAUCACGCGCAUGGACUCGCUCUCCGCGGCGGGGCUCACGCUCAGCAGGCUCGUCUUCCUCGACAUCUACGACAACCAGGUCGAUCGAAUAUCGGGGCUCGACUGCCUGGACAACCUGCGCGUUCUGCUUAUGGGAAAGAACCGCAUCAAGAAGAUUGAAGGUUUGCGGCGGCAGACCCGACUGGAAGUCCUCGAUCUGCACGGGAACCAAAUCACCUCAGUCCAGGGGCUGUCAUUCCUCUGCGAGCUCAAGGUGCUGAACCUGGCCGGCAACCAGAUCCGCUCCGUGGGCGCCACGGACCUGCAGGGCCUGCGCAACCUGCAGGAGCUCAACCUGCGGCGCAACAGGCUGCGCAAGCUGCUGGGCUUCGGCGACACGCCGCACCUCGUCAAGCUGUUCCUCAGCAACAACGAGCUGAGCAGCGUGGAGGACAUGUACAGCGUCGCCAAGGCCGCGCACCUCCGUGAGGUGACCAUCGACGGCAACCCGGUGGCGCAGGGCGGCGACUGCGUGUCCUUCCUCGUCUCGUACCUGCCCAACCUCAUGAUGCUCAGCAACCUGCAGAUCACGGACCCGGUGCGGAAGGCGGCCAUGUCGUGGCGCUCCAACAAGGAGGCGGCAAGCAGCCUGUUCCUGCAGCUGGGCGCGGGCGAGCCCGAGGGUGUCGUGAAGCGAGAGGAAGUCAUCUUCAACGCCAGGACCAACUGGGAGCUGCUACGCACGCAGUCGUGCUGCGGCCCGGGCCCCGGCCCGGGCUACGUCAACGGCGUGGGGCCGCGGCCCGGCACGGCCACCGGGACGCCCGCCAUCGACGGCGAGCCCUUCCAAGACGGCGAGGCCGACGACAGGGGUGCGCACCAAGGACUACAGACUGCCCGGGGCGCGAGCAGGCUGGGGGUAGGCGGGGGCCCCUCGGGGGGUAAGCAGGGCACCGCUACGGUAGGGCCCUCGGCCCGGGUGGUGAACAUGCUGGACCGCGCGGACAGCAAGCGGCGCGGGCUGGUGCGGCGCACGGCCUCCCAGGACACGGACACCUCGUCCACCAACACGUCCAACAGCGUCGAGUUCUUCCGGCUGCCGCCGAUCCUCGCUCCGCUCCUGGGCUUUCCGGAGGAGAGGCAGGGCGGCGGGGAGACCGGUGAGCAGCCGCCAGGGGUAGCCGCCCCCGCCGCCGCCGCCCCCAGCUCGGGGGCUCCGCGCCGCCCGCGCCGUUGCGACAGUGUAUCCAGCGUGGAGCCCAACGUGGACACGUCGCUGAGCUCGCUGAGCGGUAGCAGUGCCGAAGAGGAGUCGGCGGACGAGUCCGAGGAGCUAGCCGCCCCCUCCACUCCGGCCCCUGCUGCCGUCGCCACCGCCCCCGGGCCGGCCGCCCCCGGCGAGCCGCAGCGCACCAAGAGCGCGACGCCCCACCGCCGCACCGCGCCCAUGUACAAGCCGUCGCCGCCCAGGGCGUCCACGGCGCGCCCCAAGCCGCAGCAGGCCGGCGCUGGCCAGGCCGCUCUGCGUGUGGCCUCGGAAAGCUUAGUUUCAGUCGGCGCCGCCAGGGCUUAA